UAAGAAAGAGUCCAUUUGGGAACGUGAUAUACGUUCUUCUAGUAGACAGUAUUGUUGCUACAGAGUGGACUAAGACAGUGAAGUCUUGUCAGUUUCUAUUGAAGGCAUGUAAAAAGGGAAUUCCUGGUCAAGAGGGUGUCUUUCAAUUUACAAUUGAUGGCAAAACAUACAUCCUAAGAUCUUUUCUUGAAGAGUUAUCAGUAAUGUAUGGCAUUCCGUGUAACAUGGAACAAGGGAGGAUAUAAGAGUCACUGUUAGAGUCCAAAAGUAUAAGUGAUUGCAGAUAUGGAAGGUUCUACAAAACUCACAAAUUCUCCACCGUAAAAUAAAAAACUUGAAAUAAAAAAUACAGAAUUUGAAAACUAAGAUCCCAGAGUUGAAAACUAAAACCCAUAAUGAAGAUCUUGUUACAAUGAUUGGACUUUUCUUCUUGUCCACACUUUUCUUACUACUGGUGAUAGAGGUUCCAUCCACUGUAAGUACAUAGGAUGCUUAGAGUCAGUAGGUAGAGCCUUCUGGUCUCACUUGAUUCACAAGCAUAUCAUGGAAAGUGUAGCAAGAGAGUCUACUAAAGGAUGUUACAUGUACUUAUUGGUUUGGCUUGCUAAGCAUUCCACAUUGAUACCUCAGUGGAGAGCGGAAGAAAAAGACGACGAGAAACUUUACCGUCCCAGAUUUGCAAGGUGGAAAAUCAAAGAUAUUUGCAAAGCAUUUGGAUAUGAAUGUUUCUCAGUUUGGAGAGUUGAACAAAAAAUAAUGAAUCAACUGAGGAUGAAGACGAAGGUUGAGAUGCUUGAAGAGGAAUAUGAUAAUAUGACCAAGGAGAUAGAAGCUCUGAAAGAUAAAUAUGCUGAAGAGUUGAGAACAGUAAAAUCUAAAUAUGCUGCAAAGGUUAAAAGAAUGAAGCAAAACCAUGCAGGUGAAAUAGUAGAUAUAGAAGUGAAACAGAAUGAACUGGAAGAAAAGCUUGCAGAAAUGAUAGUUGGAAAGGACUCUUUUCAGAAAAAGAUGGACUCCCUUGCUACAAACUUGAAAUCAAAGAUAGCUGAAGUUGAUGACAUUAUGCGAAGAGAAGGCUUCGAAAGUGUGAUCAAAUACAUGACAAAUUUGACAACAAAGUUCUUACAACGGCCUUUCCAAACUGAGUACCAAAUGGCAUUGUUGUCUGAUCAACUUAGAGAUGAAUUAAAUGCUAAUAUUCAAGUUGAUAAUGGAGUUGAAAUGCAAAAUGAAGGUGAUAAUGAUGUACUCGAACUGCAAAACAAAGUGAAUGUUGAAAAUCAUCAAGGUGAUAAUCAUAGAUUAGAAAUUGAACAAGAUAGUACUGUUCCUGGUAACAAUGAAUAA